AUGGUUGAAUAUGGUGCUCGGCUCGAACAUAUUACCUGGAAUUAUUUUAAGAACACAUUCCAGAGAAAGUAUAUUGAGACGAGUUAUGUUGAGGCUCGCCGACGUGAGUUUGUGAGCCUAGUUCUGGGCAACCAAUCUGUGGUUGAAUAUGAAGCCAAGUUUCUGCGACUGAGCAGGUUUGCACCGGCAUUGGUAGCGUCUGACUACAAUAAGUGCAUGAGGUUUAAGGAAGGAUUGAUAUGCUCUAUGGGUUCUAAUAACUCCUCAAAGAGAGUGGGUUUUUACGGUUCCAGAAAAAUAGUGGAAGAGAGGCCUGAAGCACCAGCUAUAGUGACUGAGAUUCAGUUGUGCAGUGAUUGUGGGAAACGUCAUCCAAACAAGUGCUGGAGGAAAUUAGGAGCGUGCCUCCCUUGCAGGUCGAUGGAGCAUCAAGUUAGGGAUUGCCCCCGUGGAUCUAAUCAGGUACCAACUACGACACAGACUCUAGUCCCAAGUUUUUUUCAGCCUCUGAGAGUGGUUCAGCAAUCACUUAGAGGUCAUCGUAUUGGUAGAAAGGGUAAUGGUUCGGGGAGAGGACAGAGAGCACCGGGUAGUGGUGCAAGUCUAACUGAGGCUCGUCAACUAGCACUAGUUUAUGCGGCGAGGCACUAUGAGGAUAGGGAUGAUGUUGAUGUCAUUGUAGGUAUAUUCUUUAUUCAUUCUAUUCCAUACUAUGCUCUCAUUGAUAUUGGAUCUACUCACUUGUAUAUAGCUAGUGUUGUUUCUACAAAUCUGGGUUUAACUACUAAAAAUAUUGCUAGAGAGUUUUCUGUGAUUAGUUCUUUAGGUCAGUCAAUUUGGGUUGAUAGAGUAUACAGAUGGGUGCCCCUAGAGAUCCAGGGUAUGGUAUUUCCAGCUGACCUCAUGGAGUUACCCUUUAAUGAGUUUGAUUUGAUUUUGGGAAUAGAUUGGCUUAUAGAAUGUCGAGUCGGUCUAGAUUGUGCAACUAAGAGAGUUACCUUGAGAACGGAGGAGAAUGAAGAAGUGGUCAUGUUUGGUGAGCGUCGAGAUUACCUCUCUAAUGUAAUCUCUGCUCUUGUAGUAGACAAGUUAGUUCAAAAGGGGUACGAGGCAUACCUUGCCUACGUAUCUGAUUCUGUUCCUGUAAGAGAUAUCUGCACUAUGAGAGAGUUUUCGGAUGUCUUUCCUGAGGAAUUUCCUAGAGUACGUUCGGAUAGAGAGAUGGAAUUUGGAAUUGAUUUGUUACCAGGUACUACUCCGGUUGACAAACGCCCCGGCGGGGUUUAUGGAUUUAAUGAAUCAGGUGUUCCAAUCGAAGUCACUUUUCUGGGUUAUAUGGUAACUGCGGAUGGGAUCCGAGUCGAUCCUAAGAAAAUAGAAGCUAUAUUUGAGUGGAAGCAACCAAAAAAUGUAUCUGAGCUUUGUAGUUUCCUAGGUCUAGCUGGUUACUAA